AAGAAGCAGCUUUUUUUUUUUUUUUACAUAUUUAUUAGAUUUUAGGGAAACAAAUGCUCUAUUCUACCAUGAAGAAAAGGAUCUGUUCUGCUGUUGUUGCUUGGUUCAAUGGAUGAAGGAGAGGAAGGUGCUGCUACUCUGUUUGAUGGAUGAUGGAGAGGAAAGUGUUGCUACUUUGUUUAGUGAAAGAGAAGCUGCUUUGUUCAGUGAAGAAGAAGCUGCUGCUGUUUGGUGGAGGAAGGCGUAGAAGAUGAGCCGUGAAGGGCUGGAAGGGGCUACUGACGGUGGUGGUUGAGAGCAACUACAGAUCUUUUCUGAUCUGCUGCUGCUACUGCUGCAAAUUUGUUCUACUGCAGAUCUGUUCGGCAAAGAAGAAGCUACUACUAUUCAGUGGAGGAAGGUAAGGAAGAUGAGCUGCGAAGGGUUGGAAAGAACUACUGAUGGUGGUGGUUGAGAGUAGGGAGCUCGAUGAAGGAAGGAGGGUCUGUUUUGUUUCAAUGUUUCUUGAACUUUUUUUCUUUUUUCUUUUUUAAUUUUCUGCAAUGUUUUUGGAUUGCCAAGUAUUUUUUUUUUUU